ACUGCGAGCGCCGGAGCAGGGGCGGGAGAGCCAUGGUGGCGGCAUCCGGUCCCCGCGCCGCGACGAGGUGAGGGGCCGCCUCUUCAAGGCUGAGGAGGCCACAGCUGCCCACUUGCUUUCCACGACGGCCGCGGCUCCGGCAUGGCCGGGAUCAUUAAGAAGCAGAUCCUGAAGCACCUGUCCCGGUUUACUAAGAAUCUUUCCCCAGACAAAAUCAAUUUGAGCACCCUGAAAGGGGAGGGUCAGCUGACCAACCUAGAACUAGAUGAAGAGGUUCUACAGAAUGUGCUGGAACUGCCUACCUGGUUAGCCAUCACUCGGGUCUACUGCAACAGGGCCUCCAUCCGGAUCCAGUGGACAAAGUUGAAGACGCACCCAAUUUACUUGUGUCUGGAUAAGGUGGAGGUGGAGAUGAAGACAUGCGAGGAGCCUCGGCCUCCCAAUGGACAGUCUCCCAUUGCCCUCGCUUCAGGACAGAGCGAGUAUGGCUUCGCUGAGAAGGUGGUGGAGGGGAUGUUCAUCAUCGUCAAUUCCAUCACUAUCAAGAUUCACUCCAAGGCCUUCCACGCUUCUUUUGAAUUGUGGCAGCUCCAGGGCUAUAGUGUCAACCCCAACUGGCAGCAGAGUGACCUCCGCCUCACCCGCAUCACCGACCCCCACCGAGGAGAGGUUUUAACAUUUAAGGAAAUAACCUGGCAAACACUUCGGAUUGAGGCAGAUGCAACUGACAGUGGUGAUCAGGACCUGGUUACCACCCCACUGAGGCUCAUUACCAACCAGGGCAGGAUCCAGAUAGCUCUCAAGAGAAGAACCAAAGAUUGCAAUGUGGUAGCCUCCAAGCUGAUGUUCCUGUUGGACGACCUGCUCUGGGUGCUGACCGACUCACAGCUCAAGGCUAUGAUGAAGUAUGCAGAGUCACUGAGUGAGGCCAUGGAGAAGUCAGCCCAACAGAGGAAGAGCCUGGCCCCUGAACCUGUACAGAUCACCCCACCCCAGCAGUCCUGGGCCCAGGCAUUUGGUGGCAGCCAGGGCAGCGGUGGCAGCAGCAGCAGCAGCAGCAGCACCAACCGCCUCAGCCAGUACUUUGAGAAAUUUGAUGUGAAAGAGUCCUCCUACCAUCUGCUCAUCUCCCGCCUGGACCUGCACAUUUGUGAUGAUAGCCAGUCCCGAGAGCCAGGUGUCUCUGCAAACAGACUCAUGGGUGGUGCCAUGCAGCUUACCUUCCGCAAGAUGGCAUUUGACUAUUACCCCUUCCACUGGGCAGGUGAUAGCUGCAAACACUGGGUACGGCACUGUGAAGCCAUGGAGACCCGAGGCCAGUGGGCCCAGAAACUGGUGAUGGAAUUUCAGACUAAAAUGGAGAAGUGGCGUGAAGACACAGAUUCUCUCUCUAGUCCUCGAAAGAACCCUCUUGAGAGAAGCCCCUCUCAGGGCCGACAGGCUGGCUUUCGGCCUCCAGCAUGGAAUCGCUUACGCUCUAGCUGCAUGCUAGUUCGGGUGGAUGACUUGGACAUCCACCAGGUCUCUACAGCCGGACAGCCCAGUAAGAAGCCAUCUACACUCCUUUCUUGCAGUCGGAAACUUCACAACCUGCCCACUCAGGUCUCUGCCAUUCAUAUUGAGUUCACAGAAUAUUAUUUCCCCGAUAAUCAGGAGCUUCCAGUUCCCUGUCCCAAUCUCUACAUUCAAUUAAAUGGUCUGACAUUUACGAUGGAUCCUGUCAGCUUGCUCUGGGGAAACCUCUUCUGCCUGGAUUUAUACCGUAGCUUGGAGCAGUUCAAAGCUAUCUACAAACUGGAAAAUUCAAACCAGAAAGAUGAACACUUGGACAUCCGACUGGAUGCCUUCUGGUUGAAGGUGAGCUUCCCGCUGGAGAAGAAAGAGCAAGCUGGGUUGCAUCGGCCUCAGGCCCUCGUCUUCUCUGCAUCAGGCAUGACUGCCACCAAUACACGCCAUGCCCCACACUGUGGCUGUCUAGACCUCCGCACUCUCUUCCAGGGUUUCGAUGCUGCCGAGUUCUUUCGUUCCAAUUACGUUCAGUUCCCCAGGGUUCCAGGUGGCUUCAGCCUCCUGCACAUGCUUUUUUCACAUCAUGCCUUCAAGAUGGAGUCCAGCCUCCCUCAUUCUAAUACCCUACCUCCCCAAAGGCCUAAAGCUUCCCAGGAUCUCUGGUCCAUCCACUUCUCCCAGAUCUCCUUGGACUUUGAGGGAACAGAGAACUUCAAGGGCCAUACCUUUAAUUUUGUAGCCCCCUUUCCCUUGUCCAUUUGGGCCUGCCUGCCCCUUCGCUGGCAGCAAGCCCAGGCACGAAAGCCCCUUCUGGCUGCAGAAGGGAGGCUGAGACCUUCAGCCAGCUUUGGCAGUUCCUUUCAGUCUGAGGCCCUUGCCCCUGACGCUGUGUCCCAUCUGAGGUCAAAAACUGAGCAUGAUUUGAAAAGCCUGUCAGGCCUAACAGAAGACAUGGAAAUUCUGAGAGAAGGCAGUGGUGGUAUGGACAAGAAAGAGCCUCAGACAGAACUGGAGGAUGUGGCAGAUGUUCACAUGCUUGUACAUUCCCCUGAACAUGUUUGCGUGAGGCUUGACCACUACCAGUACUUGGCUCUGCUCCGCCUGAAGGAGGUGCUACAGGGUCUUCAGGAGCAGCUGACUAAGGAUACAGAGGCCAUGACUGGGUCUCCCCUGCAGGACCAGACAGCUUGCAUUGGGGUCCUCUUCCCUACUGCCGAGGUGGCUCUGCUCAUGCAUCCUGCCCCUGGUGCUGCGGAAGCUGACACUGCGGGCUCAGAUACCACUAGCCUUAUAGAGUCAGAGCUGUCUCCUUCAGAGGAUCGGGAGCUGAAGUCCGAUGCCUCCUCAGACCAGGGCCCAGCAAGCCCUGAGAAGGUUCUGGAGGAUAGUGGCAUUGAAAAUCCGGAUGCAUCUCUGGAUAGGCCAUUGCCUCUCCAUAGCAAUGGAGAACUGCAGGACUCAGAUUCUCUUGCACGACAGUUGGCAGGGAAGGGCCAUGAGGCAGUCAAUUCCCUACAGGCCAAGAAACUGAGCAGAACUGGAGCAUCCAGCUCACCAGCUGCCCUGAAGUCCCCAGGUAUUAGGGAUACUGCUGUGAAUGGGCAGGAUGAGCUUAUGCCCUUGAAGAGCAUUGAGGGAGAAUUGUCAAACGCUAUUCACAUGACCAAGGAUGCCACCAAGGAGGCUCUGUAUGCUACCAUGGACCUCACCAAGGAAGCUGUGUCUUUGACUAAAGGUGCCUUCAGUCUGGGCAGAGACCGAAUGACCUCCACCAUGCACAAGAUGUUGUCCCUGCCCCCAGCCAAGGAGCCCAUGGCCAAGAUAGAUGAGGGGGUGGCAGCCCCAGUGAGUGGAGGUGCUGCUCGAUUCCGAUUUAUUUCCAUGAAGAGGACAGUAUCUCAGCAGUCAUUUGAUGGUGUCUCAUUGGAUAGCAGUGGCCCUGAUGACCGGAUUUCAGUAGACAGUGAUGGCAGUGAUAACUUUGUGAUGCUCUUGGAGUCUGAGUCUGGCCCAGAAUCUCUUCCAUCAGGAUCUCUUCCAAAUGCCUUGGACAGUGCUGGUGUUCAAGGGAGCCCUGUGGUGGAUAGUUAUGGCCAGGGGUCACCAGAGGCCAACAGUUUCAUCUCACCCAGUGGGGAAGACCUCAAUCUUUACCCGGUCUCAGUUCUGGUUCUGAAGGUGAAUGAAGUAUCUUUUGGGAUUGAGGUACGUGGUGAGGACCUGACUGUGGCCCUGCAAGCAGAGGAACUGGGUCUCCAGCAGCUGGGCACCAUGGGACUCUGGCAGUUUCUGCAUGGACAGUGCCCAGGUACGCACUUUCAAGAAUCUUCAGCUUUGAAGACUUGCCACAUCAGGCCAGCUGUGGGCCUUCGCUUUGAGGUGGGGCCUGGUGCAGCUGUUCAUUCCCCACUGGCCACAAAGAAUGGCUUUCUGCAUUUGUUGCUUCAAGGAUGUGACCUUGAGCUGGUCACCUCUGUGCUCAAUAGUCUGGGGCCCUUCUUAGAGGAUGAGGAGAUUCCAGUGGUAGUUCCCAUGCAGAUUGAGCUCCUGAACUCCAGGAUCACCCUGAAGGAUGACAUCCCCCCCAUCUAUCCGACGUCCCCAGGCCCCAUCCCCAUCACUCUGGCCAUGGAGCACGUUGUGCUGAAGCGGAGUGAUGAUGGCGUGUUCCAUGUAGGCGCUGCUGCUCAGGACAGAACAUCAGCUGAAGUAUCUAAAAGUGAGAAGAGACAGGCCCCAAGAGAACAGGUGUUUUUUGCACCCACAGGGGAGGCUUUUGGACAGCAGGUGAAAGAACUGACUGCUCUACAAAAGGAACUGAUAGAAACUAAACAAGCAUUGGCCAACGCCAACCAGGAAAAAGAGAAACUUCUUCAGGAGAUUAGGAAAUAUAACCCCCUCUUUGAGCUCUGACAGCAGUGGCUCAGCUGUCCGUGCCAAGGAGAGAGGAGAUCACCAGCAAUACCACCACCUAGGACAGACGCAGCCUCCAGCAUGGAAUGAGUAGGCUUAGGAUGCCGGAGGAACGUGGGAGCGCUUAACUCCUUUCUGCCAGCUGUUCUAACUUGGACGGCAGAUAGGGCAAAGCAUGACCAUGUUCCAGGAAAUUGGGGGCAGUUUCGUGCGUGGCUGAAGUAUCAUGUCUUGCCUAGAUAAAGCCUUUUGGUCCUCUGCACACUGGGUGGAAUUUUCUCUACCCUGUAGGGCCAUGGCACCACGUGGUUUCAGGAUAGACAUUUGCUUCCUCCAUAACCUGUGUGAACAAGGAAAAGUACUCACCUCCUCAGUCACCCACAGAGCCACCAAAGAUUCCAUGUCCUAGGGCUUCCUGUAGCAGACCCGAACAGGCCUGAGUUCUGGCCAUGGUAGCAGAGUGGAACAGGAAACAGCCAGCAGAGGCGCAAGAAUAAAGGAGGCUGGGACCCUCCUUGUUUUAGAAAGGGAACCAAGCUCACAGCAUUUUGGCUGAUAAUACAAUCAGACUUUUCAGGGUUAAGCUUCCUUUGUUCUGCCUUGAUUAUUGUGAUGCUGUAGUAGAAAGUAAACAACAGUAAUGGCUGUCUUAUUAUCUUUCCUUUCUACAACACAGUUUAUUUGAAAUUUAAGUCAAGAAACAAGUCUGCACUCUGAGCUAGGUUGAAGGCGUGACAUAAUAGGGAUCAAUAGGGAGCUUGAUUCUGAGCUCCAGGUGCCCAGCUAGAGUCCUGAGUCUCUUCCAUGGCUGCACCUCAGAGGUGAUUCCUCUGUCUUCCUGGGGACCCCAGCACAUCUGCUUCCCCAGCACGAUGACUUUGUACCAGCACUGUCCUUAGCACUUGGUUUGGAAGCGGAAAAUGUAUUUUAAACUGUAACAAACAUUUCAACCUGUUACGUCUCACUCCCCUCCAUCACUGUGACUUUUUAAAAUCAUGUGAUUUCAGCAAGUUAAAAAAAAUACCCUUCAGUCUAUCUAGGUUUUGUCCCUGCCCCCCCCAAAGCACAGUUUCCUCCUUUUUUUAAACCUACUUCUUCCCUAACACUCUACCUUCAUUUGUAAUGUUUUGUAUACUUCAAGCUGUGUUAACUGGACAGAAAUUCAUCAGCUAACUCAGCUUGAAUUGGCGGGAUGGUAGACUAGUGACUUAGUAGUGUCAGUCAAGUCUUAUUAAUCACGUGUGACCUGUUGAAGGAAAGAUGAAAUGGUUUCCCUAUGGAGAAUAAUGCCUGACUUGUAUAUUGUAGGUUUUUGAUGGUAAACAGAAACUUGUUCAAAAAUGAACAAGAUCUAAUUUGUUCAGAAAGAACUUUUGGCAAGUUCUUCACUAAGUAAAUUUUAAAAGCAUCAGUUACUAUGAGAUUGUGGGAAUAUUUUGUCAUGCUUAGAGACUUCAGAAUAAACAUCUUUCUCGAGAGAAUGUUAACAGGGGAAGUUCCUACUGGUUGAUGCUUGGGUUAACCUCAUUUAAGAUUUUUUAUAAAUAACCUGAAAGUAGGGUAUUACAAUGCAAUCAUAUGUCACAGUUUCAGGCAUUGAAAGCUAAACCAGAUGAGACUUAAAAAAAAAGAAAGAAAAGAAAAACUGCAGAAGGGCCACAAGCCAGACUGUGAAUACUAAGGAAAGUGACAGGUGAGGUCUGGGCGAGGUAAAUGUGAAGUAAUGCACUUAUAGAAAAGUCAGCUGCUGACAAGGCAGCGAGCUCUGUUCCUGCUCGGGAAGGAAACCCAGGCACUCCACUGCCAAGAGGGGGUGGGGUCAGGGCGCCGCUGUGGCCAAAAGCGCAACAGCAUCAUCAGGAAGGGCACAUGGAGGCAACACAGAAAAUGGACUUCACGCACAACCAGGCUAGUGUCUUAAACUAUCUGUGCACUUCGGACAACCUUACUUAUAAAGUAUAGGUCUAGACAACAGCAAAAGCUACCAGGGGGUAAAGGCAUUUAGAUGAAGACACAUUGUUUUAAAAGUUGGCUCCAAUUCUGGAAUGAUGAAAGCUGAGGGUAGUGUUCCAUCAGAUACACAGUCAAGAGGAAGGACAUGUUCACCCAGCUCUGAAAUGUGAUCUCUCGGGCUCUACCUCAUAGCUUUUUAGGUAAAAGAAAACAUUUCUUAUAGUACAUCAGAAAUGUAAGGAGUUCCUUGUCUAAGAAGUGGUGCUGGCAGAAACUAUGCAUGGGUACAGGACUGGUAGGAGGGGUCCUCGUAUGGUUUGGCCUCCCAAAAGGAAUUAGCAACCACCAGGGCUGUUUGGUGAAAUACAAAUGAGACGGUAUCUGCUUCCCUCCACAAACUCCUCAUUAACUUGAUGCUUCUUUCAAAGGCAGAAUGGUGAACAAAAUAGAUCACUGGUCCUCUCAAGUGUGGAAUUUCUAAUGUUAUUGGAAGAGGAGGAAGGAGAUUCAGUAGCUGGAAAAUCGAAGUAUUCAACCUUAGGCUUACCUGAAUUGGUUUAAAUCACUCUCUGAUUGUUCUUCCUUUCCUCUCUUCCCUGAGCCACAAUAUGUCUCUGGCAUCCUUCCACACAAGGAACACACCUAAUAGGCAUUUCUUGGUAUAUAUUCACCUUACACCCAUGCUUGGUGGAAGGCAAUAGAAAUAAAUCUGGGCAGUACCAAGGCUAACCGCCUCCCCCUCCUCCUCAGAAGCCAGAGCUCAGUCAGGUGUCUGGGCUCUCUGGAGUUCUUGCCCGGGUGAAAUGGAGCCCUACAUUUCACUUCCAUUAUGUGGCAGCUUUGGCCAUUUUGUUUUGAAAUAUUCCCUCAGGAAAUGUAGGGAUCGUUUGUCCCAUGGAAUUUUAGAAAAAAUCAUCUUGUAUAAUAACUUUAUACUUCUAUUCAAUAGGAGAAGGAACUUUUUUUUUUCAUAAUGAAAUGUGAACUGGUUGAUAAUUCUCAGGAUAAAUGUAAAGGCAAAAAAAUGAAGGAAAAAAUAAGUGUCAGCUCCUUUGAAUUGCUUCGCAUUUCUGUCUUGGAGCUGGAAGACUCUGUGAACAAGAAAUAAUACCUCAAGAAAACAUCUGGAGUGAUGAUAGCACCACUAUCCCUCAAAGACUCCAGCCACUGUACAUCACUGUUUUAGCUGUGAAACAUUUACAACUAUGUAUCAUCUGUGACUGCCUUCAUUUCCUGUUUACAUGGAUGUAUUAGAGAUAUGCUUUCGUGCACAUGGACUGGUUUAAGUCUCUUAGGUGAGCUACAGGGAUGGUUGUCAACCUCAAAUUGUGUUUUCAGCUCACUGGAAUAAUUAACCUAGUUUCUUUGACUUAAGACAGAAAGCAUGGAUUCUACUGUGUUGGCUGUUUUUUGCUGUAUUUUUAAUCUGACUCUGAUUUUGCCAUGGGCUUCGACCUUACCCUUUUUCAUGGUUCUAAAAGGAAUGGUUCCUCUACAUGGAAUAUACAAGAAGUGAAUAACAGUCUUCAAAUAUGAAGGGGAAUUCCCCCAUAAAAACACUGGAAUGUAUUUAUAAAAAACUGUAUUCUUACACGUUUAAACUUCAAUCACCUUCAAAGUACUAGUUGAUGCAAUAUACCUAUCAAGACAUUUUCUCCACUGCUCAACAGUUUCUGUUGCUAGUCGAUUUUGAUGCCUUUUAGUCGCUUCUGUUGUUUUUCUGUUUUGCCUCUUCCACAUCAGCAAAGUGUUUCCCUUUGAGGACUUUUUUAUCUGGAGGAAAAAACAAAUCACUCAGGGCGACACUGAGUGAAUAGGGAGGGUGGGACACGGGGGUUAUGCCAUUUUUGGUCCCAGACUGCUGCACACUCAGUACGGUGUGGGCAGGUACACUUGUAAAUCACCCAUCAUGAAAUGGGCAAGUGCAUAGAGUCUUCAAAAAAAAUUCACUCUAGCCAAAUGCAGCCUCUCACACCACCACCAACUGGCACACUGGUACAGACAGGUUCCUAGAACUCUCAGCUAACGAGGGAAGCCUGUAAUACAAGAGGCCUGCCCUCCAGAAUAUAAUUCAUUUUUUUGGUUCCCCCUUGUAUUCCAUAACUUAAAUGCUUUUAUUUAACCCAUUUACAUUAGCUUCCCCUUAGUUUGGGAGGGUGGUGGAAAGGUAGUUUAAUGCCAUGGUGAUAUGAGAACUUUCCAUUCCAACUUUUACAUUAAGGACUUGUUUUUCCUUCUCCUUUAUAGUUAAUACUUGCCUAAACUUCUAAAAUCAGUUAAGUAACACCACAAAACUAUGGAAAUAACUGAACAUUGCUGCACGAGCUAGUAGGAUAACAUCUGGUUGUUUGAGACCUACAAAAGCUGUCUAGCUGCCUUGUGAUUUACCAUAGUCAUUAUAUUAUUGUUUCAAGAGAUUCUGGUGUGAUGUACUAUCCUUUCAACUGCAUCUCUGGCUUCCCCACCAGGAAUAUUCCUGUUUGCCUGUGGCUAGGUAUGGAUGGCAGCUGUUGUUGAACGGGGAUUAUUUUCCCCAUCUCUUACAACAGGGACAAGGUGAAACAUUCUUAGAUAACCUUAAACUGUGAGGUUUUGCUAAGUGCUCAGACUUGGGAUGCAAACUUUCUCCCUUGUUAUUUGUAAAUUUCAGCCUUAUUCAGUAUCUCAAAUUGCAAUAGAUACAGUCCCUAUAACUUAAAAAAGAAUCCUGUUUGAGUUGAGAGAAUAUCUGUUUUUGUUUGUUUUUCCCCAGUUCAUUAGUUUUUGCUCAAGAUGUAGCUUGAGUCUUAACAGUAUUUCUUUGUGGAAUGCCCCACUGAAGUGUCUUUUCCAUUGGCUAAGUAGAUGUUAAAGCCACAACUUUACAUACUAAAAGAUUUGCCCAACUGUGUGAGUCCAAGCUCUUUCCCCCACUCAGGGUGCUAAACAGAAUUGGGAUCUUUACUAAGACACGCUCAGGAAAGCUUCAGAAGACAACAGCUUCAAAGUCCUGCUCCUGGUGACAAUGAAUGAUAGGAAAGAAUUCUUGGGGAUUGCCAAUUAAUAUUGUAGCCUUAUUACUGCUAAUCACUGUCAAUGAAAGAUCACUCCAUUCCCCUCUAUUUGAGGAAAACAAUGAGAAUGUAUCUGAUGAACUGAAAUACUGGCAUCGGGAAAUUUUAAUAAUGCAAUAUCUAAUUAAACUUUGAGUGUACUGGUUCUGUGAACCACCUGAAAAAAGCAAAUUAAACUUAUUAAACAGUA